AUGGUUUACGGUGGUGCUUUGUCACGUUUUGCUUUCGGCUUAGCCACCUUCCUCCUCUUCACAUUCGUUCUCAGCAAGGAAAAAUGCAGCAAAACCUGCAUUGCAAAGAACUGCAACAUUGUCGGCGUUCGCUACGGAAAGUACUGUGGGAUAGGAUACUUUGGAUGCCCUGGAGAAAAACCUUGUGAUGGUCUCGAUGCUUGUUGCAUGACCCAUGACAAUUGUGUUGAUUUAAAAGGUAUGACUUACGUUAACUGCCAUAAGCAAUUCCAGCAUUGCGUUAACAGACUAAGCAGAGCAAUCAAACAAUCUAAUGGCACAAAGGUUGGCUUUUCAACCAAAUGUCCUUACUCGAAGGUGAUACCAACAGUGUACAAUGGCAUGGAUUAUGGAAUUUUCUUCAGUAAGAUAGGUAACAUUUUUAAACCUCGGGUGCCAGGAAAGUCCCCCAGGGUGGAGGUCAAUCUUGCUCGGAGUAAAGCGGACACAAAGGAUGGCCUUGGAACAAAAGUUGCCAUUCAGAGAAAAGAAGGAUCUAAAUUUACUGCGUCUUUAAACCAAAGAUGA